UGUCUCAGAGCCAGAGAAUCCAGUUUCACGUGUUGUUUUCUGAAGCUGACAAGGAUCUGAGAGCAGACUCGCUGCUGGAGCACCUGCCAAAAACAUGUCCCACCACGGUGCUAGUAACAUGAGGAAGAUGGUGGUGGUCAUAGCCACAGUGGAAGAAUGGUCCUCUUUUAAAUCGCUGCUGCAGAAGAGCUGCAGAGAUAAACACCACCAUGUCACUGUCACCUCUCUGGGAUCAAACCAAGUGUGUGAUCUGACUGUGCAUGGAUGCUCCGUCGGUUUGCACUACGCAGAUCUGGAACACGACAUAACAGAAGAAGCGAUCAGCCAAGCACUCGACGGUUGUUUUAAGUCUUGCACAGGAGGAGUCACUUCAUUUCUGCUCCUGAUCCAAGGAGGAUUUUACACCAAGAGAGAAAUGAGAUUGAUGGAGUCGGUACAGGCUCAGUUUGGAGCCGAGGUGCUGAAAUUCCUUGUUAUUCUUUCCUUGGAAGAUGGAAAAAUUGCUGAAGUGCUGCACGACUCCCUCCUGGAUUUGAUCCACAUAUGUGAGGGAAGAUACUGUCGCAUCACGUCAUCAGCGAGCGACAAGUUGCAGUUCCUCCUGGAGAUGAUGGACCACAGCGAGACUGGAUACCCUGAAACCAUGCUGGCUGAAGUGAGGAGGAGGAGAACGGAGGACUCCGCCAUGAAGAUGCUGAGGGAGAAGUUGCGGGAGGCCGUGGAGAAGGAGCAGACAUUCUGGCAGCUGCUUCAACAGCAGGAGGAGAGGAGGGCCAAAGAGAUGGAGGAGCUGAAGUCCAAACAUGCGGAGGUCAGACGGAAGGAGGCCGCAGAAAAACAGAAAUAUGAGGUGAAAAGAGAGAGUCUGGAGGAGGCGGUGAUGAGUCACAGAGCCAUGCUGCAGCUCCACACCAAUGCCACUCAUGAUGACGAAACAAAGAAGCUGUCCGUCAUCCUGCUGGGCCUCAGUGGCAGUGGGAAGUCCUCCGCUCUAAAUCUAAUUCUGGAGCGAGCCUGUAAUAAAUACGCCGUUAAUGAGUGCAGUUGUGAACCUCCACAGCCAACCACGGCUUGUGAGAGGAAGGUGGUGUUUGCAGCAGGGAGGCAGCUCAUCCUGGUGGACACUCCUGAGCUUUGGGACGAAGACGGGGCAGAAAACCUGGAGCUGGUCAAGGACUGCUUGGCUUUGUCUCGGCCAGGACCCCACGUCUUCUUGCUCGUGCUCCAGGUGGGACGCUUCACGCGGGGCGAGAGCGAGAUGCUGGGGCACCUGCAGAAGAUCUUUGGCCGGGAGUUCACGGAGCACACCAUCGUCCUGUUCGUACGCCUCGACGCUAGCCGACACGGGCCCCAGGGGAUCAACGACUACAUGGCUGGAGCUCACGCGGCCCUGCAGGAUUUGGUGAGGAAGUGCGGGAGUCGUUACUACGAGCUGAAUGUCACAAAGACCCAAAAUGCUUUGAGCUACCCUCAGCUGAAGGACCUGCUUUCAGGAAUGAACAAACUGGUCGCGUCACACGGUGGCCACUCCUACUCAGUGAAGAGGUUUUCUGCGCAGGAGCUGCAGGAAAGGAAGAAAGUGAUUGAGGAAAGAAAGGAAGGGAUGAUGGAAGGAAACUACUUAUUGAGAGAAGCUUGAGAGAUCAACAUCUCUACAAUAUCAUGCUAUCCAGUACAAUAGAGUUGACAUUAACUAUGUGGACUGUAGACAUUUUGAAUGAAUAGGUGCUGCAA